AUGGCACAGCAUGGGCAGGUGGGACUCUGCUUCUAUGACAGCGAAGACUCCUCUUUACACUAUAUGGUCGACACCCCUGAUAACGAUGACCUCCUUCUACUGGCCAGAAUCAUUCAGGAGGUCAGUCCCCAUGUAAUCAUUACCAGUGCAAAGCAGGAACGCUGUAUGACUCGCUACCUACAACAGCUUGGUUCUGACCCCCACUACAAACCAGAGGUGGUUACUUACCCAUAUGUCGACUUUGGUUUGGAGGUUGGCAAACAGAGGCUGCUCUCCGCCCAUCUGCCUUUUCUUCCGGCGGGCAUUUCAGAAAGAGACAAAAUGUCUUACCUCUCCUCCUGCAUUACUUUUGACUCGCCUCUGAUGCUUAGGGCAGUGGGUGCGCUAUUAAAAUGUCUGGACAGGAGGAGAGUGGGAGUAGAGCUGGAAGACAGCAGUGUUGGAGUUCCAAUUCUGCAGUUUCAUGCCUACACGCUGAAAGGUGUGGUGUACAUUGACAGGGACACCUAUAGUGUACUGCAAAUCUUCAAGUCGGACCUUCACCCAUCAGUAUACAAGCUGCAGUCAGGCGAAAAGGAGGGACUCAGUCUUUAUGGGAUACUAAACCGUUGCAGGAGCAAGUUUGGCUCAAAGUUGCUGCGUCAGUGGUUUCUGCGGCCUACCAAUGACCUGGGGGUGCUGCACAGGAGGCAGGAAGUGAUACGUUUCUUCACAUCGCCUCGGCAUUCGGACAUCCAGAGGACUUUGCAAGCCUUGUUGCGCAACAUCAGGAAUAUACCAAAUCUCCUACGCCGUAUGUCUCUCUCUCACACCAAAGUGACUGACUGGCAGAGUCUAUACAAGACAGUUUACAGUGCAGUGUGCAUCAGGGACACAGUGCGAGCGCUGCCUCAGUCCAUUCAGUUGUUUCGCGAUAUCGUUGAAGGGUUGUCCGAUGACCUCCACUAUAUCGCCUCUCUAAUCAGUCGCGUUGUGGAUUUUGAAAGCAGCUCAGAGGAAAAUCGCUUCACUAUCAAAGCGAAUGUGGAUCCUUCCAUCGAUGAAAAAAAGAGGAGGAUGAUGGGGCUUUCUGACUUCCUCACUGACGUUGCCAGAAGAGAGCUUGAACAUCUGGACCCUCAAAUCCCCUCCUGCUGUGUCAUUUACAUCCCACUGAUUGGAUUCCUGCUAUCGGUGCCUCGGCUGCCCAGCAUGGUGGAGAAAGAGGAUUUUGAGAUGGAGGGGCUCGAUUUUAUGUUCCUUUCAGAGGACCGACUUCACUACCGGAGCCAGAGAACCAGGGAGCUGGACAACCUGCUGGGAGACUUACAUUGUGACAUUAGAGACAUGGAGACAACAGUGAUGACACAAUUGCAGAAUGCAGUCCUUGAGAGAAGCACUUCGCUCAAUCGGGUGAUGGAUCUCACUGCUGAGUUGGACUGUCUGAUGGCUUUGAGCAGUGCCUCCCAGGAGUAUGGGUACACCUCAGCCAAGCUUGCCAACCACAGAAAAAUAAUAAUCACACAGGGCAGACACCCACUAUUGGAGCUGUGCUCUCCUGUGUUUGUGGCCAAUUCCGUCUACAGCUAUGAAACUGAGGGCAGAGUCAAGAUCAUCACUGGUCCCAACUCAUCUGGAAAGAGCAUCUUCCUCAAACAGGUUGGCCUGAUUAUGUUCAUGGCUCUGAUUGGCUCAGACGUGCCAGCGAAGGCGGCAGAGAUCGGCCUGGUGGACGGGAUUUUCACUCGCAUGCAGAGCAGGGAGUCUGUGUCUGUGGGUCUCAGCACUUUCAUGAUAGACCUCAACCAGAUGGCCCAGGCUCUGAACAACAGCUCUGGCAACUCAUUAGUUCUCAUCGAUGAAUUUGGAAAAGGAACCAACACAGUGGAUGGACUGUCUCUAUUGGCAGCAUCAAUCUCUUACUGGCUAAGAAAGGCUCCGGUGGAUGUUCCUCACAUCUUUUUGGCCACAAACUUCCACAGUCUGCUACAGCUGGAGCUGCUGCCGACCAAUAGACUGCUGUCUUUUCUGACCCUGGAGACAGCUGUGGAUGGAGAUGAGUUGGUGUUUCUGUACCAGCUGAAGGAAGGGAUCUGCCGGUCCAGCUACGCUGCCAACAUCGCUACGCUGGCAGGCCUGCCAGCUGGCCUCGUCCGCCGAGCAGUGGAGGUGUCUGAACACUACAGGACAGGGAAGCCCAUCAAACGCACCGACCAACAAACUUCAGAGGAGCAGGCGAAGAGGUGCAUGUCCAUAGUGGAGAAGUUCCUGAAUUUGGACCUGGAGGACAAAGAUUUGGAUCUGCAGGGUUUCAUGAAAGAUGAGCUUCUGCCAUCUGCUGGAGAGCUGCUGAACCACAGCUGA